AUGGCAGGAGAGACUCAGCGAAUGCAUACUGUCAAAGAGCUGGACACUGAGUCCAAACUGCAGGAUGAGGGGACGGCACUGGAUCAGCAGAGUGACAAAACCACAAAGGAGUCUUCAGAGCACUUUUCAAGCGCAGGCACUGAGGCCAGAGCCGGCAGCAGAGAGCCCAAGGUUGAAAAACUAGAGAAGGAAAGGGAAGGCACUCAGCAGCGUGAGGCUGUAAUACGGCCACAGCAGGCAGGGAAGAUUGACUUCAGAUCACUACAGAACAGAUCAAAAUUUGCCACUGACAGGACUUGGUCUAGUGGCAAAGGCAGUCCCCAGUCCCCGAGUGGAAAGGGCCGCAGCCGAGAGAAGAGCAAGCGGUCAGGAAAGUCAGAGCGUGGCAACCCGCAGCAGCUGUACAGACUUAGCAUUACAAAUCCACGCUCCAACCCCACCAUUGGUAUUGCCUACCCACAGCAGAAAGUUUCGCCACCCAAGAAGCUAGAGACCAGUCGUGGCCCCGUGUCGGGCAGCUACAGAUUCCACGCUCCGAUUAUACCAGAGAGAGAGACUGAGCUACAACAAGAAGAGCUCAGCUACAGCCGCUGCUUCCAGGAGGCCUCCUCUAACCUUACCUCCCCAAGCUAUACCUCACAGGCACUGGGUUCCUCAAGUGGAACGUCAUCCCACCAACACCCACCCCUGUCACAGCAGCAGCAGCCUGCCUCAAUGGAGAACAACAGUGCACAGCCUGGGAGCCAGCUGAUCCUGGCUGACUUUCAGCUGGGUGGCUCUAAUGCAUGGCAGUCUCCUGAAAGGACUUUUAAUGGUGCUAACUAUGGAGUUUCAUCACAAAAAUCCACUGCCCUUUCAGAAGCUAAUAAGGCAAGUGCCUUUGUGCCUGGUCCAUUUCAAUAUGGAUAUAAUUUUUUGGAAGAAUCAACCUCUGACUCUUUUUCCUGUGAACAGAACCCACAAUCCCAAGACUUUUCAGACUCCUCCCUUGGUUCUGUUCAUGUGACCCACAAUUCCUUUUCCUUUACGCCUGGAGAAGGACAAAACAUUGCUCAGAACAGCACUCAGUUCAGUAAUGAACAGCAGCCAGAGCACAGAAACUCUUAUCCUCACACCCAACAGCCACAGUUUAUUCAAGGGGUGGCAUCCUCCAUCCAGUGUCCUAGGAAUCUGAGUGAGGACUCAGCAAGCAGUGACAGCUCUGGCUGCAGCUCGCAGCAGUCAGAGCAGGGGAAGACUGCCCUGCCAGAGAGCAGAGAAAUUAUUGGGCAGACAGACAAUAGGGAUGCAGCCAUCACAUCGGGGAGUAAGAGGAACUGUCACCCCAAAGACACAGCUGGCAACCAAAGACUCAUUCAAGGAAGUGUGCACCAUGCAAGAAAUAUUUCACAAGGUCCAGGCUCCCAAAUGCACUUUCCUAGUAAAACAUUUAACAGUCUUCCAGCCAGUAACAUUCACACUGGCUCAGUACCAUUUGAUAAAAACAUCAAUAAUAAGGUUUUAAGUAGGUUACCACACUCUUGGGAGGGGCCUAAUAAGACAUAUUCACCAGCUGAUCAAAGCACAGUUCAAUACAGUGAUAUGAAUGAUAAGUUUCAGUUUCAGAACCAGCCAGCGUUAGACCAACGCCCAAAUUCAGCUAAAAAUAGCAGAAUGCCCUGGAUACGGCCAACCUCUGCUAUGCAGAAUCAAAACCGAAUUGAGUUAUCCAGGCAAAUAAACAAUCAAAGAAUGGCUUACAUGGUAUCUCCCUCUGACUGGCCGGAUGAUAGUAAAUCCCAUAAGCACAGCUCCUUGAAAAACCCUGGUUCAUUUCAAAACAGCAGAACUAGUGAAGGGUUUUGUAACCAAAGACAGGAGACUGUAAAACAUAGCAGUAAUACAGUCUCAACUUUUAAAGUAGAGAUGAACCACGCACAAGUAUGUGACUCCAAAAAUAAGGCAGUAUAUUUCGGACUCAAUCAGUCUCUUCCAGCAGCACCAUCAAGAAAUUACAACUAUCCACCAUUACAAGUUCCUUCCAUGGGACUUAUGAUGGUGUCGCCUUAUGAAUCCCCUUUGCCCUCCCCAGUUCAUAACCCUGCAUCUAGUAGUACUUGCUCUUCCCUCUCCCCAGCAUCCACCAGCCCUGUUAACAUCAGUUCAGAGGACAGUCAAAUGUCGAAGUCAGCACCCCCUCACCCAUUUUAUCACCAGCAACAAGCCAAAACACAUGUACCUUCAGAUCACGUAAACACUCACCCUCACCAGUUUCAUUCUGAAGCUCCACGAAACCUUCCUUAUGCACCAGAUAGAGCCAAAGAUGACAUGAUGAGCUACCUGCAAAACAGCACACAUCCAAAGAUAGCAAUGGAUGGAAACAAAGGUUACAUGGAUAAUUUUGGAAUGGAGCAUCACCAGCCUCCGCCGCCUUACUCUGCACAUCAGCUGUUAGCCACUUCAUUAGCCGCUGCAAAUCUUGACCAGUUAGAUGUGCUUCUGACAUGCAAACAGUGUGAUCAGAAUUUCAACAAUCUGGCUUCAUUUCUAGGACAUAAGCAAUACUGUGCUCAGCACACCUUUGCACAAAAUGACCUCAAAGACAUAUCAAAGAUGGAGGACAGCAGAAAGUUCCCUGCAGAACCAGCAAAAGCUGUGUCUUCUGUGUCAAAUGUUUCUAUGUCAAGAUGCCCAUCUGACCUUCAUUUAUCUCUGUUGGGCCUUAAUAAAAAUGGAGAGCUGAUAUCUGACAGUGAAACAAAAGGAGAUACUAAGGAUGAUCCAAUGAAACUCAGCCUGUUCUCUGGUCCUGGUACCCUCCCUGUCCCACUCCCUGAGCUGGAAAUGGAGGAUGCCAAGUUAGACAGCCUAAUCACAGAAGCUUUGAAUGGACUGGGAUAUCAAUCAGACAAUGCCGAGAUAGACAGCAGCUUUAUCGAUGCAUUUGCUGAUGACGAGCUUACCACUGUCAAAGCAACAUCAAACAAACAAUGUCUGAAAACCAAAGAGUCCCUAGUAUUUGAGAGCAAAAAUAAACAAGCAGCAGAUGAUGAGAGGUCUUUCACACAGGGAAAAUAUUUUUAUGACUCUGAUGUGGAAAGCCCCGAGACAGAUAAGCAGUAUACAGAAAGCAAACUUGAGAAAAUAUCUCUGAAUUUGGAACAAGAUGAGAAAAUUAACAUAAAAAAAGAAGUCUCUCAUAAAAAUUCAAGAACCGCCUCAAGGGAGAAGACGAGGGAACAAGACAGCAAAGUAAAAGAGGCAAGAAAACUGUGCAAGAGUGAGGACGAUAAUGUAAGUACCCCAAGAUUUGUCUUAUCCAGCAAGUUUUCUGAGCGUUGUGGUGUUAAAAGCUUUCAGGAGAGCACUGCACUCAGGGUGUCAACGCCCUCACAGGCCUCCACAUCUCCAACCUCAAGAACUCCAGUGAAAGAGAGCAAGAGGAAGAGCACUGGAGGGGGUACCUGGAGCAAAGAACUUAUUCACAAAAUAGUUCACCAGAAAAAUAAGCUCCAUAAGCUCCAUGUAAAAGGUACCAAAAACCUCCAAUUUUCCCUGGUGAUGGAAAGACUGACUCCCACUGUGCAGAACCCUGCAUUUGGAGAAUACGACUAUGUUUCAGAUUCUGAUGAUGAAUGUGAGCCUGUAAAGAUAGCAAGCCAAGGCAGACUGAACCAAAGCAGUCGGUGUAAAUACACAUACACCAAAGAGUGCAAAUGGCGAGCAAGAAGUGAGAGGGAUCAAGCAGCGUGGAGGCAUGAAUCAAAGGAGUGUUUUGAGGUGAAGAAAAGUGAGGAGGUUUCUCUCCUGCCUGAGAAACAUAGUUCUCACCAGAGGCUCAGGAGGAGGGGUAGCAGGUCAUCCACAAGCAGUGAACUCAGCACAUCUGUGAGUGUUUCUAGUGAUAGUAUCAACAGCCCCAAAAGCACUGACCGCACUGACUCGGACUGUGAGAAGAAGACAGACAUAAAAAAAAGAGAGUCUACAGAGCAGAAAACCUAUGAAAGGUCCUCCCCACAUAAGUUGCAUAAAGAGUCCAGCACACUAGCACUGACAUUCACUAAAUCUAUCAAGAAGUAUAAUACUGACAAACCCAUUCUCUCUGAUAACAAAGACAGUGCAGAGAAUCCCAGAAACUGUCAUUCAAACACAGACGUUGCUGAUCUACCAUCAUCUUCACAAAAAGCAAAGGACACAGUCAAAACCUUUGAAAAGAACAGAUGCUCAAAUACAAAAUCAAGAGAGAAACUGGUGUCAAACAGCAAAGAAACAAGCUCAACAGCAGGUUCAAACAGAAACAACCCACAGAAAACUGACAAUUUGUGUCCCAAAGAAGAACCAUCCCCGUGUAGCAGUACAGAUAACAAGCCACCACAGUUUGAUUCACACUCUUCUACAAUCAACAAAGAAACCGAUUUCAAUAUUGACAGAAACACAAAGGGCAAAAGAAGAGAGAGGCCCCAAGCCACACAGCCAGAGCUAUCAGACAGUACCACAUUUGAAAAACAGAGUGACAGUGUCUGCAUGGUGAAAGAGGCUAUUACUUUAGUCAAUGACCUAGACACACACAAGCCUCCUCCUCUGUGCACCUCUUUGAUGGAUGAGGUGUGCCUAUCUCCAACUGAAAGCCAAGGCCCAUUGAUACAAAAAGAUACUCUCCACCUCAUGCCCUACCCACUGGAUCAGGAACAGGGGCUCAUGAAAUCCCCACUUUCAUUUGACACCUCAUCAAUGUUUGGGGAUCUCACAGGAUUCGACAGUGGCCUAUACUCAGACAUGCCAAUUCAGAAAGAGGGUUUCCAUUCUAUGGAGAACACAGUUGAUAAAAAAGAAGAGUUUGAGUCGUCAUUUUCUCACUUUCUGGAACAAAGAGACUGGAAUCUAAUAGUAAGCCCAGUGCUACCAGAUGAGAUAGCUCAGUACAAAGGCAGCUCGGAGAAAUCAAAUGAAAAGAAACCAGAUUACAAUCAUGUUCCUUUGUCUCUGCCAGAAAAAAUAAUGAACUACAGUGCAAAUCUCAACAGCUGUGCAUCUGAGGAUGAACUAGAGAUAAAGAGAAUAGUGAAUGAGCUUGAAAACCAGCUGCAGACAACUAAGUUGGAAAGCCCACCACUAAAUCAGGAUGUCCCCAAGCAGCUGCAAAUGAGCAAAUUUUCACCUUUACGUCUCGGUGAAGAGUCAGAGAAUGAAGGCACUGGUCUGGAUAUGAGGUGCACUGUCCAAACCAUAGAUGUACCAGUGACCAGUUUGCCUUCAGAGCCUUUCACUGAACCAGUACUCCCAUGGACCAGUCCGUUACAGUUUGAGCUGAUGGGUGAGCACCACAGUCCCCACACUCCAAUUCACAAUGAGCCAGGGGCCCUUGAACAUUUCACUGAAAAAGAGGAUGAUGCGUCAACCACAGCCUCACAUAUUGAACACUCACAGCUCCACUGUGAGCAAAAAUCAGAGGAAGGAAAUUCUGAAAAAGAGACUCCUGCAGAAACAAAGGAAGAUAUUUUAGAACAGAAGCGAUACACAGAAAACCUGAUGAAAAGCCUGGAGGUGAUUUCUGAUUCUAUAUUCAAAAAAGAACCUGUUAUAUCAGAACAGAGGGAGCCGAAUGCCAUCUCUCUCACAAGUCAACAACAUCAAGAAAUUGAAUGUCAGGCAACUUAUGCAGUUGAGAAAGAAGAUCCCAGAGAAAGGGAAGCAAUUACAGGAAAGGAGAAUAUAUUAUCACCUUCAAAUAUCAAUGAGCGGAAGGAUGAUAUUGAGUUCAUUCUGAAUAAGUCACAGUCAUCUCUCUCUAACAGCACUGACCCCAUAUUUGAUGGAAACCAGCCAAUUUCAUCGCAGCCAAGUGAGCCCACAGAAAACAAUAAUAGCAAGGCUGAGACUAAAGAUAUAUCAGAGGGGGAUAUCACUGACAAUAUUAAUUUGAUUGAGUCUGCUCACUGCUCAAGUGUGGUGAUACCUGACUCAAAAGUGGCUGAGGAGUCCUGCAGAAACAGUAAAGCAGAAGAAAAUGUGAAUCAGUUGUUUGAAAGCAAUAGUGACGGUCCAGAAUAUUCAACAGAUGGCUAUGAGGAAGAAGGCGCAGUGAAGGGAAUCACUACUCAAUCUGGCAGCCAUCCAUCAUCACCAGCUGCACCUGACACCAGUCUAGACAUUGGCGAGAGAAUGAGGGAUGUGAUGCAAACAGCACUGACAGAACAAUCCAAUGAUAGCCAUAAUAAUCCUGAAGUUACUAAUUCAGCACAUGAUGGUGAAUUGAAAGUGGAGGCCUCAGACAGGGUGACAGAGGAAAUAACAGUAAAAACAGCAAAACAGGAUCAUUUGAUUGGAAAUUCUGUCUCUAAAAAUUGCAUCUACACUAAUGUUUACAGUGCUAGUCCAGCUGACAUAGAGAUGUCCGUAGAGAUAGUCACCACAGAAAAGCCCUGCAGUCCAAUUCUCGUGGAAACCAAUACAGAAAAUAUGAGUAACUGCUCACCCUACAAAGGCAACCACUCCAUAGAGGGUCAAAGCAAUCUGUUGAUCCCAUCCAGGUCUGACAGCAUCAUUGACAGUGACUCCUGCAAAGUUACUCCAUUUAAUGACUCUCUGAAAACUGACACCACCUUUGACGCCAUUCAGAAAACAGAAGAGAUUUUAAAUGUUCAUGACAUCAAAGAACAUCUUCCUAUUGAUUUUAUGGCAAGCCACAAGAAGUCGCCAUGCAGGGGGGAGAUGGAGGAAAGUCACUGUCUCUUUUUACAAACUGCCCCACCAACCAGUCCUCUUUCGUCAACCUCUCAUCAAACACCCAUGCAGAAACUGGACAUAGAAGAGGACAUGUGUCUGUCACAAAGUAAAUGUAAUAUGCCUGUUGACCAAGGUUCAAUACAAACUACAAAUUCUCACGUAAACAAAAAUGAUAACCAAAAAGAGGCUUUAAACAGUUAUGAAAAAUUGAACACAACAGCUGAGAUGGAGUAUUCUCUGAUAAGCCCACCUCAACUGGAUCUGGGAAUCAUAGAGUGUAAAUUACCCAGCUCUGAAACCACCAUUCCUUCUCCACUUUCUGUGACCAGCACAGCAGAUCCACCUGUGAUAUCAGAGAUUCUUGAAAAAAGAGAUCCGACGUAUGAUUUCAGGCUCAGCCCUCUUAACUACAACAACAUCUCAGAUGAACCUCCGCAACUAAAUCAGUAUGAAUACAUACCAAUUUCACCAGCGAGUAAACCUGAAGACUAUCCAGACGUCAAACAAAGUCCGAGAGAUGACUGUGAACCAUGUGACCUUAGUGUUACCCCUGCAGGGAUUUUCAACAAAACUAAAAUUGACACAACAGUGUCACAAAACUCAGACCCUGCAGCUAAACUAAGUUUAUCAGCUGAACCACUGCCCAUUCAGGACAGUAUAAAAUGCACAUAUUUCUCAUUUGGUCUCCCAGCUGAAAUCAAAAGCACAGAUUCCUUAACCAAUUCCUCAGCUGGUAAUGUCAGGAAGGAUUUGGAGGUUUGCCAUGAUACAGUUGAACCUACUGAACAUUUGCAUAUUCAUGCUGACCUGCUGAGAAAGCUUGCAUCAGAUAAUAUGCGCAGGGCUUCUGCAGAGGACAGUACACUUCUCAGAAAAGACAUUUCAGAUGGUCCACCCACUCCUAAGCCACUCAUCAUCUGUGAAAAUGAACAAAUGCCUCUUCCACCAGACCCAUCAGAGAAGCAACCAACAACAGAGACUGGCCAGUGUUCAACAACACACCAAACACACAAAGAAAUACCACAAAAGAAGACACAGAACAAUACGCAACAGGGAAAAGUGCUCUGUGAAAUCUGCUGCAUGUGUUUCAGGACUGUACCAGGGUUAAAGAGACAUAAGGCCAUGAAACAUUUGGUCAGAGCUGAAAAACACAUUGGCCCACAGAGCACAACAUCAAGCCAUCAGGGGACUAUGCUUAUUUAUGAAGCAUCACAAACUACAGAGAAAGAACAUAAAGAUGAUUCACAGAACUGUUAUCCAACAAAAAUAGAUGGGAUGUCUGAGACAAGCAGCUCUUUAGUAUCUAAAGCAGCAGAUACUGAGUCAGUCCUAGAGGAAAGUGUAGUGGCAGUGGAUGAAAUAGGCCACCAAAACCCUCUGCUGCCAACAAAAGCAAAAAAGAACAACAAAGCUAGGAAGAACAAAAGCAGUGAGGUAAACAUAAAGCUUGACCCUUUCUCUGAUGAGCUUCUGAAUAUAUUAAAAACAGACAUACUUCAGGCUAUAACUCCUGAAUUCAAAAACAGUGAACUACAAGAACAAUACUGCCAAUCUCCUAAAGACCAGAUGACAAUCAGCAUGCAUCCUGAAAGAAAUAUUACUGGAACAGAGGAAUUCCCUCACCCUGUUACUCCAAACUCUGGCGUUGGCAAUAUACCACAAUCUCCAACAAAAGAGGCAAAUGCACUUGAUGAAAAUGUGGAAUUAAAUCAAAUCACAGACACAGAAGAGAUUAAAUAUACAAGUAUGACAGAAAGAGCAAAUGGGGAAGUAUGUGCAAACAAUAAUUUGGAAAGUGCUAUAUCUGUAGAGAAAGAUAUUAUCAUAGAAAGUGAUGGGCCAAGAAAGACUCUGUGUGCUGUGGAAGAGAGGUGUAAGGAGAAAGGAUCAGAGGAGAGCCUUGCUGAAGAAAUUCUUAGAAAAGUGACAGUUGAGAUAAAAUCCGAGAAGAACAGUGGCCCUUCAGAUGAGGUGCAUUCUAUCUCUUGUUUGAAUCCUUCCCCUAUCAGUCCUCCUGGCAUAAGUCCUGAUCUGAAGGCCUUACUUGACGAUGACACCACAUUCUCACAGUUGUUCCCCAGAGAUGAGGAGGCAAAAAGGAAAAAGUGCCCAAGGGUUUACAGCAAACGAAACAAAAGACAGAAGCUAUCACCAGAUUCAAAUGCCACUCAGGAAUACUCUCCAUCUUCACAAACCUUAAUGCAAAAUAAAGAUCAGGUCAUGGAGAACCAAGCAAAGCAAAUGUUCACUGACAAUCAAACUAACCGCUGUGAAUAUGAGACAAUAUCUAUUGAUGAUACCAUCAUGUUAAAUAUGUGCCAUAACAGCACUUUGAAGACUGAUGACAAGCCAUUGUCAGAUGUUAAACAAAGUGAUCAGGAGGACGUCCUUGACAAUAUUAAAGAGCUCAGCAACAGCCUCUUGAGUCCAGUUGAGAGCACCAUUGAUAAAUCCUCAAUUGAAUGGAGUGGCUCCAGUGAUUUGAGUGGCUUUAAUGCAGGUUCAACAUUGACCUCUGACCCCAGCAGGUGUAAAGCAGAGGUGCCAGCUGCUACUUGCCCUCUGCCCUCACCUGCUGUACUGCUCCAUAGUGUAGGGGACACAGUGGAGCCAUGUGCUAGAGACAGCUUACAAAACUUCCACAGCAUUGACAUUCAGAACAUCAACACCACUUUUCAACUUCCUGAAAUUCAGUUCUUUGACUCUAAUAAAGAUAUAUCACUGGCCCCUCCUAUUGCACCUUUAGACAUGGAAAAAAAAGAUGAAGAAAAAUCUAAGAAAAUAACGGAGCGACGAGGCAGGAAACGACAAGAUGGUGGAAUAAAGGUCAAAGAUAAGCAGUACAAGUGCAAAGUGUGCUUCACUUGGUUCCUCACUCUAGGUGAGCUGAACUUUCAUAAGUUAUCCCACAACCCUUCUCCACCUCCAACGUGCUACAUGUGUGUCCAGCGCAAGUUCAGCUCAAGGGAGCAACUGAGAGACCAUCUGAGGGAGAAACAUGCCAAGAAUAAGACAGGGAUCUGGACCUGUGGAAUGUGCUUGAAGGAGAUAUCAGAUGUCUGGAUGUACAAUGAACAUUUACGAGAGCACGCCACUCAGUUUGCCCGGAGAGGCCAGACUCAAGGCUCUAUGUUAGGCAUUUCAGGCUGCUUCAUGCAGGAGACAGCUGUGAAGAACUUCAUCACCUCAAUCAUGCAACAUCGCCCUAGCAAAGCCAACAAAGAGUCCAGUAAAGCCACUAAAGAACAAGAAAAAGCUGCUGCCGCUGACAGCACAGUGGGAGAGGGGAAGUCCUGCGAGGGCCCUGAGUCAAAACUUCACAAACCUAAAAGCAGCAGUGGAGCAGGUGGGAAGCAAAAUACAUUAACCCCACUCGAGGUCCUUCACAAAACAGAGACACCUAAAAGUGUGGAGAUGCAUCCUAACUGCAAGGACCCCUCAAGAGACUGCCACCACUGUGGGAAACAAUUCCCUAAACCAUUCAAACUUCAAAGACAUUUAGUGGUUCACAAUUUGGAAAAGAUUUUCCUGUGUCACAAAUGCCCUGUGUCUUAUCAGGAGGCUCAGGAGCUUAAAGACCAUCUGAAGAGAGCACACGAAGAGGUGGAUGAAUUGGAUUCCAAACACACCACCCUCUACACCUGUGAGCUCUGUGCCGACGUCAUGCAUGUGAUUAAAAAAUCCUUCAUCUGCAGCACCUGUAAUUACACCUUCUCAAAGAAGGAACAGUUUGAUCGUCAUAUGGAAAAACACCUGUCAGGGGGGAACAAAAUUUUCAAGUUCAGAGGUGUUCUCAGACCUAUCAAAACAUCUGCACCCAAAGACGAUGACUGUGAUUCGCCUGCGAGUAAGAAGACAAGAAUUCUGUCUGACAGCCUGCCAGAAAAUAGCUCAGACAGUGGCAUCGCAAGCGUAAGCUCACUGCACCUAAAUCAAAACUCUGACACACAGUCCUCAAAACCCUCUGUGUCCACUGCUGAUGACUCCACACAGACCAUCGCAAAUGAAUACCACAGUGACACAAACAGUACAAAUGUGAAGACUGAGGACAUUGCUGAGGACUACUCUGAGCUACUUGUAGAGUUGGAAAAAUGUAUUCACAUGGGCUCAUCAGAGUCUGCUACACCUAAGAAAGAGGAAACUGACUCAACUCUCUCACCUAAUCUUGAUAAAGACGGUAAUGGAAAAUCAAUUACUGGACCAUGUGAUGUGAAAGAGGAGAAUGAGUCAGUCUGCAUUAGAGCUGAGACGUCAUGGUCAGCGUCUAAAGAGAAUAGUAGUGCGGGGGAGGAGGUUGUUACACCUAAGGAGGGCUCUGCUGAAGGUGACAUGGCUGUGACAGAGGAAAAAACGGAUUCAUUUCCACCUAGUGAGGACUCUUUUGUGAGCUUAAGAGAAAAUCAAAUCUUUUCAAAGACACCUGAGUCAGCAAAGGAUGAAUUAGCAGCUGAUGUGAUGGACCAACAGAGGGAAGACGAGCAGUGGCACCAUAUAUCAAAAGUUUCCAAUAAUGACAGCAAACAGCAAAAUUUACCUCAUAGCACAGAGCAGGAAGGCAGCAGUCAGAUGAAAGACAAAGUCGUCCCAGCCAAAACAACUGACAACAUUAAAAACAACACUACAACUAGCAGCACAAGGGCUGCAGAAUCAACAUCAGUCCUUCACUCCAAGGCUUCCCUCAAUGCUUCAGCCUCAAAUGAAGACAAAGAAUCACUGAGACCACAGAAGAAGAGGAAAGACAUGAAAUCCCCUCACAGCCUGCAAAGAGUUUCCUCUCCAGCCACACAAGAGAACUUUGGUGUUGACUCCAGGGCCAAAAAGAAAUUUCGCCCCAGCAAGUGUGCAAAUCCCUCUUUGCAAAGAAAGUCAGAUGGACCCAAUGACUAUCCUGUGCUAUCCUCAGUACGGGACGACGUCGUGAGCAACAAAAUAAUUUCCAAGUGCAAGACUUCAAACUUGGGUUUGCAGUCAAAAAGAAGUUUGCUUGAUAACUGUACACCAAAGAAAGCUGAGAUUGUGACCCCUCUUAAUGGGGAUUACAAAGCCAAAAAGGGACCUCUGGGGCGGCCUUUGCAUGCCCCAAUUUCUAAAGUGUCAUCGGUUCCCAUGAACAAUUCCUUGAAUAAAUCCAGGCCAAAGAUGGGGGUUAGGUCAAUGGAGAGCCAUUCCUACAGGACAGCAGAGUCCCAGAACCACCUCCUAAGCCAGCUGUUUGGCCAAAAACUCACUAGCUUUAAGAUUCCUUUAAGGAAGGACACUUCAGAAUCUAUUAACUGAGCGGGGUUUUUUCGGGAUCUGUGAAUAAGAGACUGUAAAUUUCACAGUUAUAAAUGUUUAAGACAAUUCAUUAU